AUGCACUAUCCAGAAAUUGACAAUGGAGAUAAGCUAGCUAAUCCAAGUGGAUUUCUGCAUACCAGGAACGAGAUUGUAGCAGAUAGAUGGAAAGCGAUUAGAGUUGGAUACAUCAUCGACGUGGUCGCCAAACACUUGUCGAAAGUCACUGAGCUACCUCGAAUAACAAACGCGGCACGAUCUGGUAAGAUGGAUUUCUUCAAGAAAACCCUGCUAGCAGACAGCGAGAUUCCUCAUCACUCUGGAGUAGAUCGAGCCCAACUAAAGCAAGAAACGCGUUUGGAAGAAAACACCGUUAACCAAGAGGCACACAAAGCGCAUUAA